AUGACGCCUCCCACGAGCUCCACUACCCCACCCUUCAACAUCCUGACCUCAAUGCAAAGACGAGACACCCACCGCUCCUCGCCUCACGACGAGUCCACCCAACACCCUCAGACAAACAACCAAACCUCAGCUCACUCACACCGGGCUCAACUAGAUGGCCCGUCCGCACCCCCGCGCAUUACCAUCGGCCACAACCGCCACCGCCGUGCAGCCAGUGAAGGCGGCGUCUACGACCAUGGCAGCCCCGACGUUGAAGAAGCUCUCAACAUCCCAGUGCAUGACCGACGACACCAUCGGCACGACGCAGACAAAGUACAUCCAGCCGAGGUAGCGGCACUAGUACUUGGGGGCGUCGGGCUUGCAGCGGCGGCCGGGGCGGUCGGCACCGGCGUUGCAGCGAGCGUGGGAGGUGCCAUGGCAGGCGUGGGUGCUGGGGUGGGCGGUGCUAUCGCAGGUGUCGGAGCGGGCGUUGGCGCAGCGAUGGGAGGGGUAGGCGCUGGGAUGGGCGCGGCCCUUGGGGGAGUGGCAAUGGGUGUGAAAGGUGCUAUGGUGGGCGUAGGAGGAGCAGCUGCGGCUACUGCUGCCGCUGCCGCGGGGUUGGGGGUGUUACCGGUCGAGGGUGGGUUGGGGUUCGUCGGUCGGCCGCUGGCGUGGUCACGGUUGCAUGGGCAUUCGCAUUCGUACUCGUGCUUGGUCAGGGAGGCGGUGAGGCGGGUCGGGGGACGGGACUAUGGACGUGGUCAUCAUCAUGAUCACCACCAUCAUCAUGAUCACCACCAUCACCAUCAUGAUCGUCACCACAGGCACGACCGCGUACUUUUCGACGUUGAUUCUGAUUCUGAUUCCGACGGCGAGGAGUACUCUGACCUGGAUGAGGUCGACCCCCUGAUGCUUGGUACACCGGAGUGUGCGAGGCAUGAGUCAAGAGAGGGGCGCAGGAGUCGGUGGGCGAGGUGGCAUGCUGCGAGAGCCAGAGCCAGGGGAUAUUCCUUCGGGGGUUGGCUAUGA